AUGGACGCCAAAGACGACGGGUUCCUCCCGCCCUACACGGCUGUCGACCAACCGGGACUGCCGCGCUGGGACUUGGGCGGCAAAGGCAGCAACUACAGCACCAAUAACAACAACCACUUUCAUGGCUACCGCCGGACAAUGCGACGCCGGGUGCGUCGCAUCCGUGCGGCCGUCGUCUUGGCCAUCGUCGUCCUGGUUGGCUACGCGCACUGGCGCCACACCAGCCGUGCGCCGCCGCUGGCUACGGGCGCGAACGGCUCGCUGCUGUCCGUUGCCAAGCUGGAGGCCGACCUGGCCACGUGCACCGCCCUCAAGAGCGAGCCCCAGAGCGCACGAGGUGCCGGCCGCGAACGCAAUGCGCGCCAUGUCGACGGCAAGCCCGCGACGCUGAUCCGCAACGCCACCGUGUGGACGGGCGAGCCCGACCCGGCACUGCUGCUGUCGCUGUCCGACGAGGACAUCCGCGCCGGCAAGGGCUUUGGCUGGGCCACGGCCGACGUCUACGUCGAGAACGGCCUGAUCCAGCGCGUCGAGGCGUCCAUUGACGCGGCGUCGCUGCGCCCGGCCGCAGCGUCCAAACUGGUGACGUGGGACGCCCACGGCCGCCAGCUGACGGCCGGCAUCAUCGACAUGCACUCGCACGCCGGCGUCGGCUCGCUGCCCUCGCUGCGCGGCAACGAGGACUCCAACGAGAUGUCCUCGGACAUUACGCCGUACGUCCGGUCCAAGGACGGCAUCCAGCCGCUCGACCACCAGAUCCAGGUCAUCAAGUCGGGCGGCGUCACGACGUCGCUGGUGCUGCCCGGGUCGGCCAACAACAUUGGCGGCGAGGCGUUUGUGAUCAAGCACGCCGUCGGCCGCCACGACGGCCGCGCGGAGCUGAGCAUCGCGUCGCUGCUGGCGGCCCCCGACGCGCCCGCGCUGCGGUACAUCAAGAUGGCCUGCGGCGAGAACGCCAAGCGCGUGUACGGCAAGGUGGGCGAGCACGGCCCCACGAGCCGGCUGGGCGAGGCCUGGGAGUUCCGGCACGCCUUUGAGCAGGCCGCGGCCUACGUGCAGGCCCAAGACGACUGGUGCGCGACGGCCGAGUCGGCCGUGGCCGCCGCCAAGAGAGGCGCCGCCGCCCACUGGGCCAGCUCCUUGACAUCGUACCUCCCCCGCGCCAUCGAGUGGGAGACGCUGGCGGGCGUGCUGCGCGGCCAGGUCUACGUCAACACCCACUGCUACACCGUCCCCGACCUCGAGUCCUUUGUCGGCUACACCAACGAGUUCCGCUUCAACGUCCGCGCCUUCCACCACGCCCACCAGACCUUCCUCGUCCCCGAGGUCCUCAAGCGCACCUGGGGCGCCGACAAAUACGGCCCGCCCGCCUCGGCCAUCUUCGCCGACAACAUGUACUACAAGGCCGAGUCGCAGGUCGCCACCGAGCACGCCGGCAAGAUCCUGUGGGACCACGGCCUGACGCCCGUCUACGUCAGCGACAACCCCGUCCUCAAUGCGCAGCACGUCCUGUUCGAGGCCGCCAAGGGCUACCGCUACGGCCUGCCGUACCACGCCGCCCUGGCGUCCGUGACCACGGCGCCGGCCGAGCGGCUGGGUCUCGGCGACCGCAUCGGCAAGAUCAAGCCCGGCUUCGAUGCCGACAUUGCCGUCUGGGAUAGCGACCCGCUCAGCGUCGGUGCCGCGCCCGUGCAGGUGUGGAUCGACGGCAACGCGCAGUUUGACGACCCUGUGGAGCUCGCCAAGCCCGCGAGCACGCCCAUUGUGCCCGACACGAAGCUCGCCCGCAUCCCGGACGAGCCCGUCGACGUCGAGGGCGACGUCGUCUUUACCGGCGUCACCCAGGUCUGGAUCGACGGUCUCGACGGUCUCGACGACGCCGUUGCGGCCGUCCAGUCGGCGCACGCGUCGUUUGCCGUCGCCGUGUCCAAGGGCGAGAUUGUGUGCAUCGGCGCCUGCGAGGCGCAGGUGGCGGCUGCCCAGAACACGGACAAGGCCGCCCUCGUCGCGCUCGAGAACGGCCACCUGACCCACGCCUUCACGGCCGUUGGCGCCCUCCUGGGCCUCAACGAGAUUGACGCGGAGAGUGCCACGGACAACGGCGCCGCCGGCGACGUCUUCAGCCGCGCCGUCGACGGCCUCGCGCUGGGCGGCACCAAGCUGCGCGUCGCCCACCGCUACGGCGUCACGCGCGCCGUGUCGGCGCCCAAGUUCCGCGGCGGCUUUACGCACUACGGCACCAGCGCGGGGUUCCUGACGGGCGCCGCCCACGCGCUCGACGACGGUGCCGUCUUUGCCGCCGACGCCGCGCUGCACUACACGCUGUCCUUGUCUGCGAAGCACGGCAGCACGCCCACCAUCGCGUCGGCCGUCGGCGCGCUGCGCGGCAAGCUCUUGAAGGCCGUCGCCGACAACAAGGCGAAUGCGUCGGCGACCGACGGCGCCGACGUCGACGUCUACAGCGAGGCGGCGUUCCUGCGCCAGGUCGUCGCCGGCGCGCUCCCACUCGUCGUCACCGUCCACAGCGCCGACGCCAUUGCUGCCGUCCUCCGCGUCAAGAAGGACGUCGAGGCCGCCGCGUCGACCGCGCACAUCCGCCUCACCGUCCUCGGCGGCGCCGAGUCCCACCUGCUCGCCGACGCCCUCGCCGACGCCCACGUCGGCGUCGUCCUCGCGCCCCUCCAGUCCUACGCCGCCGAGUGGGACCAGCGCCGCGCGCUGACGGGCGCCCCGCUGACCAACGGCACCGCCGUCGACGUCCUGGUCGACGCCGGCGUCGUCGUGGGCAUCGGCCUCGAAGAGGACUGGGUCGUGCGCGACCUGGGCCUGCUGGCCGGCAUCGCCUACCGCAACGGCGGCGGCCGGCUGUCGGAGCGUGCCGCGCUGGCGCUGGUGUCGACCAACCUUGAUUCGCUUCUGGGCCUCGAGAAGAAGGCGGCGACGACGCCGCAUUUUGUCGUGCACGAAGGCAACCCAUUGGCCAUCAACUCGCGGGUCAAGGCUGUCGGCAAUGGUCAAGGCCGUCUUACCGUGUUUGCGUAG